CGCUCUUUCUUUUCCGGCCGCCCAACCAAAGCAGAAUGAAGGAGACGAGUGGUGACGGUGAGGCCCGGGAGGCUGAUGAUGAGUUGGCAGAGGUGGAGGAGCCUGAGGAAGGCUUCAGCGAUCCCGAAGGCUUCGAGGACGAUAUCUCCGACGAGGAGCUGCUGGGUGAUAUUUUAAAGGACCAGCCUCAAGAAGCUGAUGGUAUAGACUCUGUUAUUGUUGUGGAUAAUGUACCACAAGUCGGACCAGAUCGACUGGAGAAACUCCGAAAUGUCAUCCAGAAGAUAUUUUCUAAGUUUGGGAAAAUCACAAAUGAAUUUUACCCAGAGUCCGAUGGAAAGACAAAAGGGUACAUUUUCCUGGAAUACAGUUCACCAGCUUGUGCUGUUGAUGCUGUGAAAAAUGCAGAUGGAUACAAGUUAGAUAAGCAGCAUACUUUCCGUGUCAACCUCUUCACUGAUUUUGAUAAAUACAUGACCAUCAGUGACGAUUGGGAAAUUCCACCGAAACAGCCAUUCAAAGAUUUUGGGAAUCUCCGAUACUGGUUGGAGGACCCAGACUGUCGAGAUCAGUGCAGCAUUAUCUAUGAAUCUGGAGAUAGAACAGCUAUUUUGUGGAAUGACAUAAAGGAACCAGUUGUCAUUGAAGAACGGGCACGUUGGACAGAAACAUAUGUUCGGUGGUCGCCCAAAGGCACUUACUUAGCAACAUUCCAUCAGCGUGGUAUUGCUCUUUGGGGUGGAGAGAAAUUCAAACAGAUUCAGCGUUUCAGUCACCAAGGUGUCCAGCUAAUCGAUUUCUCACCAUGUGAAAGAUAUAUGGUGUCAUUUAGCCCUUUAAUGGAUACAAAAGAUGAUCCUCAAGCCAUUAUCAUUUGGGAUGUGUUAACAGGCCAGAAGAAGCGAGGAUUCCAUUGUGAGAGUUCUGCUCAUUGGCCAAUAUUCAAAUGGAGCCAUGAUGGGAAAUUUUUCGCACGAAUGACACAAGACACGCUUAGUAUUUAUGAAACACCUUCGAUGGGGCUGUUGGAUAAGAAAAGUCUGAAGAUCAGUGGAAUUAAGGAUUUCUCAUGGUCUCCAGGUGAUAACGUAAUUGCAUUCUGGGUGCCAGAGGACAAAGAUAUUCCAGCCAGAGUCACAUUAAUGCAGUUUCCAACACGACAAGAAAUGAGAGUGCGCAAUCUGUUCAAUGUAGUCGACUGUAAAUUGCACUGGCAGAAAAAUGGCGAUUACCUGUGUGUGAAAGUGGAUAGAACCCUGAAGGGUAUACAGGGCCUUGUGACUAAUUUCGAAAUCUUCAGAAUGAGAGAAAAGCAGGUUCCUGUGGAUGUAGUGGAAAUGAAAGAGGGUAUUAUUGCUUUUGCUUGGGAACCAAAUGGAAGUAAAUUUGCUGUGCUACAUGGAGAGACACCCAGAAUAUCAGUAUCUUUCUACCAUGUAAAGAAUAAUGGCAAGAUUGAACUCAUCAAAAUGUUUGAUAAGCAGCAAGCUAACAGUAUCUUUUGGAGUCCACAAGGACAAUUUGUGGUAUUGGCUGGUCUAAGGAGCAUGAAUGGUGCUUUGGCAUUUUACGACACAUCAGAUUGCACGCUGAUGAAUGUAGCUGAGCAUUAUAUGGCUUCUGAUGUUGAAUGGGACCCAACAGGACGAUAUGUAGUAACUUCAGUGUCAUGGUGGAGUCACAAGGUGGAUAAUGCAUACUGGAUGUGGACUUUCCAAGGACGUCUCCUACAGAAAAAUACCAAGGAUCGCUUCUGCCAAUUACUGUGGAGACCAAGACCACCAACCCUGCUCUCACAGGAUCAGCUCAAGCAAAUCAAAAAAGAUUACAAGAAAUACUCGAAAAUAUUUGAACAGAAAGAUCGUUUAAGUCAGUCCAAGGCCUCCAAGGAAUUGGUAGAUAAGCGACGCAAGAUGAUGGAAGAAUUCCAUAAAUAUCGUGAGAAGGCCAUGCAGAUUUAUGCAGAGCAGAAACCCAAACGUCUGGAGCUACGAGGAGGUGUAGACACUGAUGAGCUGGAUAGUAAUGUUGACGAUUGGGAAGAAGAGACCGUUGAAUUUUUUGUCACAGAAGAAAUUAUCCCUGUUGGAGAUCAGGAGUAGUCUCAUAACACAGUGCCACCAUAUCUUCAGUUGAAGCUGAUUUCUCUUUCGUCACCUGGAACUUGAUCUCUACAUUUUGGAAGUUGAAUGCGUUCCACUCUUGCAAAAAUCAUCACAGUGCCUUUAACUAUAUCAGUUCUGCAGUGGUGAUAAAGACACUGCCUCCACUUUUAACAAAUGUGAAUACAUUUCACUAAAUAGCAGCAGCUCUGCAGUUUACUUUGUGCUACUGUCACUGAUCACUGUGGAUGCUGUCUGUGGUUGGUGUAAGUAUAUUACUGAGGCACUCAAAGUUUCCUGUAGCCAUGGGCUAUUUUCAAAUCCAUGGUAAAUUAACACAGCAUUUUGUAAGGAGGAAUAUUCAAAACAUAAUAAGGGUUAAUACAUAUUUUAACGUGCAAUUACUGCACUACAAUGGACUGUAUCCUCCUCCAUUCAGGUUAUACUUGACUUCAAAUGGGAUAAAAUAAAGCUUAGUAACAUUGA